AUGGUUCCAAAUACUGAAAAAUCAACUCGAAAUUGGAUUGCUAAAUUUGAAGAAUUCCGCAAGAAUUAUAAUUAUGUUAUACCACUUGAUAAGAUUACAGAUUCUGAACUGAUUGAACAACAAGUUUGUGAAUAUAUUGCACAAAUGUCUAAAAAGAAAAACGCUGGAGAAUAUAAAGCAAAUACAGUAAAACAAGCUGUUGAUGCUAUUAACCGCCACUUGGUAAAAUUUUCACCAAUCCGUGGAAUCAAUUUACAUGACAAAUACGAGUUUCCGGAUUUAUGGACUGUAUUACAUGGUAAAAUGAAAGAUUUGCAAGAAAAAGGAUUUGGCGAAAAAGAGGGAUCAAUGGCAUUAACAACACAACAAGUUCAAGAAAUUCUUGCUGAUAAUUUUCUUAAUACAAAUACCCCUGAAGGCCUUUUAUAUCGAGUAUUUUUUCGAAAUGCAACUAAUUUUGCAUGUCGUGGUGGAGAACACUACAACCUUCGUGUUGAUCAAUUUCAACCUUUACCUGAUGGUGGUUUACUUUUUCGGCGUUAUUGUAGCAAAAACAACCAAUGUGGAAUUGAAGGAGGUGUUUCACAAGAUAUUCACCUUCCUCCAAAUUCAGAAGUAAUUAAUGAUAUCAAUAAAUAUCUUUCAAAACGUUCUAAUG